UAUACCCAUAAUAAUUAACCAUCAAACAAUAAAUCAAUAAAAAAGGCUAUAUUUUAUAAAGGUAUAUAUCCUAACAUUUUUUUGUCAGCAUUAUAGGUCUAUAUAGGGAAAUUUAUGAUGGUGAAAAGAUGGAAAUUAACAAAUUGUUAAAAGGGAUAUUUCACAUAUCAAUUAAUAUUGUUCAAACACAACUUGUCUAAUAUACUGUUCAAAAUAUAUACAGAACAUAAUAUAAGAAGGCCUAUAUAUAAACAGCAGAGAGGCAAAUUAACAGUUCUACAGCUUCAACUCUUGAUCCAACCAUCUGUCAUGUGUGUGACUGCUCUCCUCUCUCUGUCCGUACAUACUGUGCUGAGACCGGGAGACCGGGAGACCGACAGUCUGUACCGGCUGGACUGAAGCUGCUGGUGAAAAGUCUCCCCGGUGGCGGUGAGACAGCAACAGGACAGCAUCACCUCUCAAGAACCGACCAGAAGACCCAGCCAGCUCCCUGUAGUCUAUACUCUGCCAGCUGAGAGUCAAAAUGAAUGAAAAGAGAAGGCGCAGCGUUAAGUCAACAGGAUGUGUUUGGUAUAAAGCCCAGCUGCUGCUGCUGCUGCUGGUGGUGGUGGUGCGUCUGUCGGGACGGUCACAUGGUGGCCGGCAGCAGCGUCACACUGCUGUGGGUCUACUGAGUGUGGAGCUGCACUGACAUCUGCUGGACAAACACUGGUACUGCAACGUGAGCAGAGAUGCUGCCCUUUAGUGCUGCUCGGAAAUUUCACCUUUACAGUUAAGAGGCCAUGAUUUUCUUUCUCAACAUCUUGGAUGAUAACCAUUUAGGAUAGAUUACCAUGGCUGGGUGCUCAGAUUAAUGCAAUUUAGGCCCCUUAUGUCUCAUAUAGUCUUCUAACUUGUGUGUUGUUUUUUUAUGCCAAAUAAACGCCAAUAUUCCUGUAACAGCAGUGUGAUACUAGGCACAAAGUCAAACACAUUUCCAGUGGGGGUUGGCCUCCGCCAGGAUUUUCCCUUGUCACCGAUCCUGUUUGUGAUUUUCAUGGACAAGAUCUCAAGGUGCAGCCAAGGGGAGGAGAGUGUCCGGUUCAGGGACCUCAGAAUUGCAUCUCUGCUCUUUGCCGAUGAUGCGGUUCUGUUGGCUUCAUCGAACCGUGACCUGCAGCACGCACUGGGGCGAUUUGCAACCGAGUGUGAAGCGGUUGGGAUGAGAGGGUCACUGAAGGUCACGUGAUGAACCUGAAAGUGAAAGCAGCAACCAGCAGCCUCAGUUUCAGACUGUGUUGCUCAGAGAGACGACAACACGCUGCUGCCCCAGCUUUAGAGGAACUCUGCAGGAUGGAGUUCAUCACAGAUAUCACUGUCACCAUUGUUGAAGCGGAUUACAAAGACCUUCGAAAAUUAAAGAAGAUUCUUCAAUCUUACAGUCCUGAGAAAAAAGCUUUGAGUUACAGAGUGAAAGGAACCUACGAGGAGCUGGAGAAACUUUCAGUCCAACUGUCAGCAGCGAGGCAUCACUCCAGUCCUGUCACACACGGACCAACCAGUCAGCCAGAUGGACAUGCUUCACCUCGUGUCAAACCUGUGGAUGUGUCUGGGGUUUUUAUGGCCUACAUUGAGCAAACAUGUGCAAGAGAACUUAAGAAGAUUCUAGGGAACAGUUUUGCCAUUGAAACACAGCCUGACACAGCACACAAUAAACCCAGUGGGACGGUACGGGUGACUUUCAGACCACGCCAUGUCUCCUCCUACUCUGUUCGUGCUGACUUUGUCAGACAGCGAUUCAUCACAUUCUACCAGAGAGCCGCCUCCGACCUGCAGGUCAUAUCUGUCCCUCUGAGUUCACACGACCACAAAGACCUGCAGCAGAGAUUUCCACACCUCCUUUUCAAACCCAGCCUCAACAGACGUGAAGUGACGGUGACCGGGCCUUUUGUGCACAUUGCUAAAUUCAAAGAGUUCCUUUCACAAAAUACGCCAAGCUCAAGCAAGAGUCCAGUGAACAAAGGUCCAGCAGACACUCCCAGCAGCAGAACCUCGGGUCCGUCACCUACACGCAGCAAAGAUCCUGAAGAAGAAGAAUCAUGUGCGAUCUGUAUGGAGCCGAUAGUCACCUGGGAGAAAGAGACUCUGCGGUGCAAGCACUCAUUCUGCAAAAGCUGUCUGCAACAAGCUUUUAAAUACAAACCCGUAUGCCCGACGUGUGGAGCGUUAUACGGCGUUUUGACAGGGACACAACCUGAUGGAGGCGAAAUGAAAGUCACCCAAAUCCCUUCAUCUUUGCCUGGAUAUGACAAAUACGGAACAAUAAAGAUCCAUUAUUACAUUCCAAGUGGCAUCCAAAAGGAGGAGCAUCAGAACCCCGGUCAACCAUAUGAAGGUGCAUCCCGUACAGGCUACCUCCCAGACUCCUCAGAGGGCAGAAGCAUCGUGAAACUGCUGAAGCGAGCCUUCAAUCAGAGACUCGUCUUCACCGUUGGCCGGUCCACCACCAGUGGCAUGAACAAUAUGGUCACGUGGAACGAUAUUCACCACAAAACGUCAACACAUGGAGGACCAACUAACUAUGGGUACCCAGAUCCUGAUUAUCUCAGACGAGUGCGAGAUGAGCUGAAAGCCAAGGGAAUUGAAUGAGUCACUUUAAGGUUUGUCAACAAAUAAAUGUAGAGGCUAAGAUGACAUAUUCAAUUCCACACGCUAUGUACAAACAGAAACAGGGAAGGGAUUAUGGCACAGAGGACUACAAACCAGGAGGGACCAUUAAUGUCACUGUAAUGUUCUUUAAAUAAUGAUACAUACUCACAUUAGUCAAACAUAGCUUCAACUAGGGAUGGGACCAUGUAGAUUCCUAUUCAUUCCUAUUCAAUCAUGGUAAAGAGAUGAAAAAUAGAGCCUGUUUUAAAAAUACAGGAAUUAGCAUGUAAUAAAUAACAAACUCAUACGAUGUUACUGAUUUUUUGUAUCCUUUAUUGAUGCAUGGGGGGGGGGUUGAAUAUUGUUGUUUCUUAACAAAAUGUAAGGUAAUGUCAUUCCAGUAUAUUAAAGGGCCAUUUUAAGAGAUUUAAGCAUAUUUUGAUAAUUAUCUGGAUAAUAUCGGGAAUCGCAAUUAUUUUGGCCAGGGUAAUCAUGAUAUGACAUUUUCAUAUCGUGCCAUGCCUGGCUUCAACUGUCAUUUUUUUUAGUUGUCUUUUAUCAUUUGUUUAUUCCUCAUUCCUCGAAUAUUGUUUGUUGAUUUAUUUUGUUUUGUUUAUGUUUGAAAUAAUCUUGUGGGAAAACUGACAUGUGAAGGGUAAGUCAAUUCAUAUUGGUCUGUUAAAAGUUCUUUGAACUUGAAUGAUGUGUAAGCAGUCUAAUUUUGUGGCGAGGCAAAGAGCUCACUGGGCUAUCUUGUUAUAUAGUAUUUUGUAUUUUACAUAUCCAGUACCUUAUGUAUCCAAACUCAAUUCCUUGAUGCCUAUGAGAUCAUGAUUAUGUUAUUUAAUCACAUAGACACUCAACAAUUGAGCCUUCAGACUACACCAAAUACAUAAACAAGGUCUGUCCUAAGGCCUUUAUUAGUCUCUGAAAUACAGUAAAAUUCCAUUAAACUACUGUAUCUCUGAACUAUUUAUUUAACCAAAUCAUACACGUGAUAUUCUUUUGAUAACUAAUGUAAUAACUAAUGUCAUAUUUCUUCACUUCCAUUCACUGAGGCCCUAUUCAGACCUGGUAUUAACAUGCGUCCUGAGUGAUCCAAUCACAAGUGGACAGUUCUAAGUACAGGUGUGAAAGCACUCAAGACGCAUUGAGGACAGAUUGAGAUCCGAUCUCUCUGACGUCCCGCUGGGAUCAGCGGGGUCUCUGCGCUCCUCAGGUGAACAGACAGGCAGACGCGAGUGCUCGUCUGCCACGCAGCAUGGACGCGGCCUCUGUGCUCUACUGUAUCCUGUAGGUACAACUGUAUUUUAUUCAAAUAUAUCUUAUCUAUAGGCUACAUAUCUACAGACUAUCAGACUAGGCACGCAAAGUGCAUUGUUAUCAAUCUGUCGCAGAUGUGUCUGUGUUUCUAUUACGCUGGUCUGCACGGAGCUGACACACGCUCGCUCUCCUCCUCGGCUCUCUGGAGCUCUGUACUCCGCUGUUGCAGCGCGGAGGUCCUCUGGGACCGCCGGUACCUUUUAUUUUGAUGUUAAUAAAAUGGACCCAAAUUCACAUCACGAAUAUGUAGGAUAUUACUACUGACAUUCAUGUAAGUACAUGUACAUGUCUGCUGUAUUAGCCAUGUGUUUACUGCGUGUUUAUUUGCAUACAGAGCAGGGAAGUGAGAUCGGAUCACAAGUGGUCACUGGAGACGUAUGUGGAGACGCAUUUUAAUGCCAGGUUUAAAGGGGAUCUAAGAUGUACGAUAGACAGCCGAGUGUUGGCUGAAGGAGUUGAUGCAUGCUUGUGAAUUCAAUUCCCCGAUGUGUGUUCCUAGUUCGCUAUACAUCACUGCACUGGAACUGGAAAGUGAUAGACUAGACUGAGGAGGAACUUUGAAAUUGCAGUGUAACAUUUUUUUACUCACAGUUGCCACAUUGUCACUUCAGUGCACUGUAGAACUGUAUUCUGCAUGUCAAUUUAUAUGGCACAAAGGAUUAAACCUUUUAUUGCGUAAAAAA